AUCGACCUCGCUCCCCUCUCUCUCUCUCUCUCUCUCUCUCUUCACCUGCUUUGGAUCUUCUUCACCCUUCGUGGUCGUCUCUGUUCAAGCUCCGAGGGUCUUGCCAGGGUUUAUCCACUUUUCGAAAUUCCUCCCCCCCCACCCAGAACUUUCCCGCUUCGUUCGCCGACCCCAAUCUCGCCUCUCGCGCAAGCCCUAGAAAGAAUCCGUCGUCCCUCUAGGGUUUCUGUGAGAGCUCGGGGUGGGGUCACGCAGCUUCGGCCCGGAUUCCGCUGGUUCCGCGACCGAUCAGUGGGGUUUUGAUUCGGUCCCUGAGCUCGCGAGCUGCUGGUGGGCACUGCGGAUUCUUGAUCCGGACCGAGCUUCUUGGAAUUUCCGUCGCUCGCGAGUGUCAGUCGCUUCUGAGUGUGAUUUCAGCCUCUAGGGUUUCGCGGAGACCGAGCUGGAUCUGGGGCUCGCGGAUUGCACUUUUGGAGCUCGUCCAUUUCUUUUUCCUCUUGCUAUAAGCUGGUCGAUUAAGUUAUCUACUGAACUUGGCCCAGUUAUGGAGCUUUCCCGUUUUCCUUGAUACCUAAUUGUCGGAAUUCUCUGCUUGUCUUUGAAGCCUUUUGUUUCUCCUCCAUUUCGAACGCUCUCCUCACUCUGCUGUAUCAAAGGAGUGGAAAUGGAGGAGAAAUGAUUGCCUUGAUGGAGCAGAUCUCAGGCCGGGCUGAGCUGAGCUGAGAGAUUCUGGGUCGAAUGAAGGAAAUUUUGUCCUCCGGUUAUCUUCAAUUGAUAUGAGUCAUCGAAUAUGAACAAUGGAGGUGUAAAUACAACAACUGGUAACGAAACUAAGGCUGAUGCUCCAGGUGGAAGAGCUAAAGCUGACGACUUUGCUCGUGCGGUAUCGAGGGUUGCGGUAGCACAGAUUUGUGAGGGUGUUGGCUUUGAGAGUGUCAGGGACUCCGGUUUGGACUCUCUUUCGGAUAUAGCAAUUCGUUAUCUUCACGAUAUUGGCAAGGCUGCAAGCUUUUAUGCUAAUAUCUCUGGUAGGACUCACUGUAAUGUUUUUGACAUUAUUAGAGCUCUAGAAGAUUUAGGGAAUUUUCAAGGUUUUUCGGGGGCUUCGGGAGUUAGUCACUGCCUUGCCAGUUCUGGCACAGUAAUGGAAAUUCUGGAUUAUGCGCAAUCCGCCGAGGAGGUUCCCUUCAAUCAGUCCAUAGCUCGAUUUCCAGUAGCCAGAGAUAGGCGUCUGAUCCCAAGUUUCACACAAAUGGGUGAGACUCCACCUGGCAAGCAUGUACCGGCUUGGUUGCCGGCUUUGCCAGAUCCUCACACUUAUAAGCAGACACCCGUGUGGAAUGAGCGGAAGUCGGAUCUGCGUGCUGAUAAGAUUGAGCAAGCGAGGCAAAGGAGAAAUGCGGAGAGGUCUUUGUUGAAUUUGCAGCAAAGGCUAGCCCAGUUUGGUUCCGCGGGAGCUUCAACCUCGAAUAUUGCUCAACAUCACCAGCCGAAAGAAUUGAAGGCAGACGAAGGCAAUCCUUAUCUCACCACACCUUUGCCACCUGGUGAGAAGGAAGUCGCAUCUGUUAAUUUGCCUGUUAUGCUUUCCAAUGGACCUACAAAGGAGAAUAGUUUAUCUGUCCUGGAGACAUUUGCCCCUGCAAUUGAAGCCGUGAAAGAUCGAUUUUGUGAAGAUGGUGACGGUGAUGAUAAUAAGGUCCUUCCUGAUAAGAGACCUGCUAUUCAUUUCAAGUUCAAGACUGGGAAAAAAGUUUUUGGUCAGUCUUCGGAUCUAAAUCUUCAUAACAAAUAUCUCAGUAGACCUGUCUCUCUGAUUGGGCGUGAAGAGGAGAGAGACGACAAGAAGAGAAGAGCUGAAUACAUCCUUAGGCAAGCCAUGGAAAAUCCGCAGGAGCUCACUCAGAUGUAAAUUGAUAGAGAGUAGCACUAUGAUUUGCAAGGUGCACCAAAUUGGUUGACCGCUGAGGCCACAGUGUUGCUUCUGGUGGAAAUUUUAGGGCAGUUUAGGCAGGAAUUCUUGUAGUUCGGCUAACUAUACUCUGAGGAUUCUUUGGAGCUCACUUGGUUCGCAGGGGAUUACAAGAACACCUUCUUGAUUAAAUCCAAAUUCCCGUUCUGCUGCAUCUAAUAACUUGAGAAAUGGAGGAUGGCUGAGAUAUCUUAAUGCAACAAUGAACUUCCUGGGCUCGCCACGCCCUAUCGUGACGACAGAGAAGUAUCCGUCUUUCAUUUUGGCCAUUCUAUCGUUUCCCUUGAUGAUGUUGCAGUAUCUCACGGGCCGUCUGCAGAGAUAGAGGACAACCUUCUGGAACUGUUUCAUUGCCUUUCCUAGACUGAGAAAUGAGCUAUUUUUCCUCCAUUUCUCGUUGCUCUCAUCCUUGUGCUUGAUGUGCAUUUUUUUCGCGACUUUCACCAACAAUGCUAGAUCCUGUACAUGUUCUUUCUCUGUAAUGGAAAUAGAAACACUGGCGGAUUUAUACUUGGAAGUUUCGGCCUUUCCUCAUUGAA